GGUUCUUUCCGAGUUGUGGAAACUCUUUCUGGGUCUGGUUUGGGUCCUAAAUUCGAUUCGUAACCUAAUACUUCUCUCUUGCGAUAAUCAUUUGGUUUUGAAAAUUUUGAAGCAGAAUGAUUGAAAUUGGGAUAUCAGAGAAGCAGGAACAAAGAAGAUAAAUAUUCUCUCCCAAGUCCCAACCAGCUGUGCCAAUAUGCUAGGCCGAAAAAGAUUGGUUGAAUCCCUACUAAAGAAUCCGUUGAAGAACCAAUUUGCAGGUUUUUGUACUACUACUACUGAGAAAGUAAAGGGCAAAACGUUCCGUCGAAGGGUAGUUCCCUUCUUGCUGUUUAGUCUUACUGGAGGUGUUGCAUUGAGCGCUGUUAAUGAUCUUGCAAUUUAUGGUGGUUGCAGUAGUAAGGCCUUGGAGAAAGCAAGUCAGAGUCAGGCGGUUAUAGAUGCUUUAGGUGAACCUAUUGAAAGGGGUCCCUGGUACAAUGCUUCCCUUGCUGUAGCUCACAACAGGAGUUCAGUAUCUUGCACAUUUCCUGUUUCGGGGUCACGUGGAACUGGUAUUUUUCAGUUAAAGGCUGUGCGACCAGGAGAUGAUGCGUUGCUUCCAAUUCUAUUUCCAUUUUUACGGCGUCAAAACUGGGAGAUCCUUAUGAUGGAAGCACUUAUACAUAUUCCUUCAAAUGAAGAGAAGAACCAGACAGUGCGGAUCAAUCUCUCAGAUGCUGCUGCUUCUUCCAUACCAUAUCCGGGGAACAAACCCCCUAGUUGUACAAGGUCUCAAGAUCCAAGUACUCAAGAAAGUUGAUGCUUUUUCAUUCGGAUGCGACAACCAGAUUGUGUCUGCAAACUUUUUGAAGCAGUUGUAGUUGUCUAGUAGGGAUUUGGGUAAAUAACAUUUUUGUAAAACUACGUUGUUAUUGAAUUUUAUAUGUAAUGUUCGGUGAGAUAAAUAAUGCGGUGAUUCAAUUUUCAUGAGUUAGCAGCCGCUAGGGGCUGCCUUGAACGA